GAUACUUCCUAAAUAUUAUUCUUGCAUAAUUUUUGUAAUUUUUUUCGGUAUUUGUUCUGUUUUCUGUUUCAAUGCAAAAGUAGUAACUUUGUUUUUCCUGAAGAUUAAAUUUCUUACUAGAAUUUAUUUCUUGUAAUUAUUUUUGGAUGUUGCAUUUGUGGUAUUUAUUGAUUGAUUCUACUGUUCUCUGUUGGGGUAAAAAGGGUUGUUGGGAUAAUUACUUUUUCAUGGCUGUGAACUGUUGAAUUUGUGGUAAAUUAGGGCUUUCAUUGAAUUUUUACAGCUGUUAAUCGGUCGUUGUGGGUCUCAGUCGGGGACCUACUUUGUGGGAUUGCCCAGAUAAUUGAAUGUGAAUUAUUGAAGGUGUGAAGGUUUCUAGAGUACGGAUUAUAUGCGUACAAGAGCGAAUAGGAGAGAUCAUUUGGAAUUAUGCUGUCAGCUUGUUUGUGUUAGCCAUAAUGAAAGGAGUAGAAAUGCUGUACCACUAUUCUCGUCCUGAAUUCGUGAGGUCGAAUCUGUUAUCUUUUUGGGUCCUUGCUUAAGUUGUCUGUUUAAUAAGGAUGGAGAUUGAUAUCUGCAAAAUUGCUCAGCUUGAGAAGUGAUUGCUUCUUUAGUUGAACCUUUCUGGUACUGUGGUUGCAAUUUUUCAGCAAAGUGGACUCAAAGUGACAUAACUAAAACUCUUUAGUGUAAAAUUGCAGGAGUGAACAAACUAUUAUUUUGUUAAAGGGGAUUGACAAUUUGCUAAUUUGCCCCCUCUAGAUCUGAGAAACGGAGAUGGUUGGGCUGUGAUGCUUUGAGACUUAGAGGAUCUGGUGAUAAGUUGCUUGGGUUUUAUAUGAAGAAUUUUGUGUGAAGUGUUCUAUGAGUUCUAUCUCUCUGAUGGAGUGGAAUGCCAAAACCCCCUUGCAAUGGGACUGGGAAAACCUAAUGAUGUUCAAUUCGACACCAACUGAAAUUCCAAGGAAGCUAAGGCCAAUAGAGUGGGAUAUUGACGGAGAGGGAGGAAUGGACUCUGGGUCUCUAUAUUCUUCUGGCGCUGCUGGGGGUAGUGGGGGUUCUGGCUCAGAUUUGGGCCUUGCUUCUUUGUCUAAAAGUUCGAAAUCGGUGUCCAUUAAUUCUUCAUCUAUGGGGGAGACAAAAGUGACAAAAUUUACUUUGGAGGCCUUUGAAGCUUCCCCAGAUGAUAUUAGCAACAAGAAAGAAGUUUCCAAGGUUGAGCCAACUGGUACUUCCCCAACACUUGAGGCUUCAGUUGGCUCUGGUGAGCCAUUGCUCAGUUUAAAGCUUGGUAAACGAACAUACUUUGAAGAUGUUUGUGCGGGAAGCAAUGCUAAGAUUUCAUCUUGUUCUGCAACUCCUGCACCAUCUCCUACCACAGCAAAGAGAUCCAAGCCCAAUUGUCAGAGCACACAUGUUCCACAUUGCCAAGUCGAAGGCUGUAACCUCGACCUCUCUUCAGCUAAGGAUUACCAUCGGAAACACAGAGUUUGUGAAAGUCAUUCAAAGAGUCCAAAGGUUAUUGUAGGUGGUCUGGAACGCCGGUUCUGCCAGCAGUGUAGCAGGUUCCAUGGCCUGUCGGAGUUUGAUGAAAAGAAGCGAAGCUGUCGCCGGCGUCUUUCUGAUCACAAUGCAAGGCGUCGCAAACCACAGACAGAAGCAGUCCACUUCAAUGCUGCUAGGCUUUCAUCAUCAUCCUAUGAUGGGAAGCCACAGAUGGGUUUUGUCUGGAAUAAAGUGCCAUUUCUUCAUGCUAGGCCUAACGAAGGUUUUACAUGGGAAGGCACAUUUGACUCCAAGUCCUCUCAUAUGAAAGGUUUUACACCUACAAAAGUUGGAAAUGAUAAUGGACAGCUGCAACUGCCAGGCAAUCAGCUGUUGAAUUCCAUCACAAUGCGAUGUCAAGAUUCCAAUAGGUUCUUGCCCACCAAGGGCAAGGACAACACAGCUGAGGUUCUCAACCAAGGUGUAGAAGAACCUACACUUACUUCAAAGAUGGGUACGACGCAAGAUUUUCAUCGUGCUCUCUCUCUUCUGUCAAAUGAUUCAUGGAUUUCAUGUGAGCCAAAACAUGGUUCACUUGCGUACUCCAUGCAUGCUAAUCCUACCAGUAUGACUCAGCCGGUAAUGAAUGUAAUUUCUCAAGGUUUUCCACGUGCCUUAUCUGAAAACUGGCAGAUGGAACAACAGACAACUGAAUCCCAAGUGCAGGCAACCUUGCAUGGUGAUGCUGACAAUCGUUUCCAAGAGUUCCAGCUGCUCAAGGCUCCAUAUGAUGGUGGCUUUUAUUCCAAUCAGAUGAACUGACUGCACAAAUUUGAUUAACUUUUUUUAACUUGGAUAAGUUCACUUGUUAAGAUAUGCAAGUUUAACAAACCCUCUUUCACAUAGUUUUCCAUAUUUUGGAAUUUCUGAUCCCAUUGAAGUUACUUAACGCUUAAAUGUUGUGUGCAGCACAAGUACGCUUGCACAUAAAAUCAUGUCCAAGCUACAUUUCCGUUAAAGUCAUUUGCUUAAGAAAUCUGGAUAUGUAAGGCAGUGUCAUGAGAGGCCGCCAUAAACCAUGCAUUGUACAUGCACUCAAGUAAUUGCUAGUUCGUUUAAUUUCUC